AUGGAGCGCACUCCGCCGAAAUUGCUAUCAGUCUCAGACACUAAUUUAAACAGAGCGGAAUCUGAACCACUAAUCCCCGGCAUGAAUAUUACAGUUAGAAGUAACGCAAAAAGAGUGUGCAUGGAGGAUAGUGUCGUUACUGACAAAUUUGAGCAAUUCAAGCUGGAUUUAAUGGAACAGUUUACCGCAAUGUUAGCACCCCUGAUAACGCGUUUGGAUAGUGUUGAAAAAAGUUUAUGUAAUAUUACUCAGCAAAACAAUGACAUCAGAUCAUCAAAUGUUGAAAUUGAAAAGUCUCUCGACUUCUUAAUGAAUCAAAUUAGUGAAUCUGAAACCAAAAUACGUAACCUGGAGGAAAAGAUCAACACUACUCAGAUCUCAAUAGCGGAAAUUGAAGAAAAAUCUGAGAAUAUUGAGCGUUUUAUUAGAAAGACUUCCAUCGAGAUCAGGGGUGUCCCGGCCACCAAAAAGGAAUCGAAGGAAGAUUUACUGAACCAAAUUUCCAACCUUAUGAAGUUUAUAGGCAUAAACUCAUGUAAUGAAAUAAAAGAUAUAUAUCGUCUACCUUAUAAAUCGAGUUCCAUAACCACUACUGUUGUGGUGGAGUUUACAAAUAUUUUCGCCAAAGAAAAAUUUCUACGGUUCACAAAACAGUAUAAUUCAGAAAAUCAAGCGUGUAAACUAAACUCCACCCAUUUGGGCAUCACCGGCACUCCUACUCCACUAUAUUUCUCGGACCACUUAACACCAAAAUCAAGGCGCCUGCACUUUCUUGCUCGAGACUUCGCCGCAACUGAAAAAUAUCGUUUCUGCUGGAUCGCAAAUGGGAGAAUAUACCUACGUAAAGAAGAAGGGGCAAAGUACAUACUUGUCAAGAAUGAUAACACUAUCGCGCAACUACGUGGCAACUAA